GGGCAUAUUUAUAUAUACACUUUCUGUGUAUAGCAAUGUAAUCUUAAUAACGAUUAGUUUCAAAAAGAUUUCGCCGAAGAAACACAAGACGAUGAAGGGUCUACUUAUUUGCAUUUUUACUAUAUUGUGCUUUGUUUCUGGAAGUAUUGGGAGAAAAGGAUUCGGUCCUGGAGAACAAGAAUGGGGCUAUGUUGAAGUACGUCCCGAUGCUCAUAUGUUUUGGUGGCUUUAUUAUACUACAGCAGACGUUAAAUCAUAUUACGAAAAACCGUUAAUAAUUUGGUUACAAGGUGGACCAGGCGGAUCAUCGACCGCAUAUGGAAAUUUUGAAGAACUAGGAUCCCUUGAUGUGAAUUUAAAACCAAGGAAUUACACUUGGGUCAAAAAUUACAAUGUACUCUUUAUCGAUAAUCCUGUUGGCACUGGCUUCAGUUACGUUAAUAGUUCAUCAGCAUUCGCGACGACAAACACUGAGAUCGCGUGUGAUCUUUUAGAAUGUAUUCGAGGAUUUUACGAUAAAUUACCGAAAUUUAAGUCUGUCCCGACGUAUAUCAUCACUGAAUCGUAUGGUGGAAAAAUGGGUGCGGAAUUUGCGUUUAUCUGGGCUCAAGCCCAAAAAACUGGCAAUAUCGAAAGUAAUUUACAAGGCGUUGCACUUGGAGAUGCUUGGAUUUCUCCUAUCGAUUGUGUCAUGACAUGGGCGCAAUUUCUACUAAACAUGGGUAUGAUUGAUACGCAUGAUUUUAAAGACAUUGACACUGCAGCAAAAAAGACAAAAGAAAUAAUUAAAAUGGGCGAAUGGAAAAUGGCAACUAAACAUUGUGGUAUCACUCAACAAAUAAUUUUAAAUACAACUUACAAUAUUGACUUUUACAAUAUUUUGGAAAAAAGACAAUUUAUAUCCUAUGAUAUAUCACUAUAUCCUAUGUGGUCCUUUGUUGCUGACUUAUUUAUAUAUGGACCUUUUAUUCCACAUCAGAAAAAUUUACUUGAUAAUUUAAUGAAUGGCUCAGUAAAAAAAACGCUCGAUCUUAAAGUCAGGCAUGGCCACCAAAGUGUAGAAGUUAUCAACUAUUUAAAAGAAGAUUUUAUGAAGCCUGUUACCAAUAUAAUGGAACUAUUACUUAAUGAAACCAACUUGAAAGUAUUUGUAUACAAUGGUAACUUGGACUUAGUUGUCACCACAUUAAGUACUCUGCUUUGGAUCGAAAAACUAAAAUGGAAAGAAGCUGAUGCCUGGAAAUAUUCGAUUAGGGAACCGAUCGUUAAUAAAGAUAAUGUCGUCAAGGGCUAUGUCAAAGCUAGAGGUAACUUCGCAAUGUAUUGGGUCAAUAGAGCCGGACAUAUGGUUCCAAAGAAUAAUCCAGCAGUUAUGGAGCUAAUACUACAGGCUCUAACAAGCUACACAAAGGAGUGAAGAAAAGCAGAAACUUUUGAAUUUGUAAAAAACUAUGCAUCAAAUACGUUAUUUAUUGACGAUAUACUUAAGUUAUUGAAAUUGUAUACUUUUUUAUUUUUAAGAGGAAGAAGUAAAUAAUCAAAAUAAUCAUAAAUAUUAAAUUGUUCGAAAAUAAUUCUGUAGUCAUCAUAUAUUAA